UGUAGAAACUGCCAUGGGCACUUCUCUACGAGGCCUUGGUGGUUUCCAGCAGCAGUAUCGAGAAGCGGUUCAUCGGAUGGGCGAAUUUCUUGCUUAUAGAGUAAUGAGACAAUGGCUGCGCAGCGAUUGGAUAUUCUCGUUGACGUCCAAAGGUAAAGAGCAAAAAAAGAUGCUGAAGAUAUUACAUGGAUUUACUAAACGAAUAAUUGCUGAAAGAAAACUUUAUCAUGAUCGUACUAAUGGGCAAUACUUAAAAAGCUUUGAUAAUGACACGUCGGCAAAGAGAGAUGACGCAGAACCGGUAGGAAUGCGAAGAAAACGGCUUGCAAUGUUGGACCUUUUAAUAGCAGCAUCUCGCGAUGGUCUUAUGACUGAUUCAGAUAUUCAAGAAGAAGUUGAUCUUUUUAUGUUUGCGGGUCAUGACACUACAGCGAUGGGUCUGUGCUACAUUUUGGCACUAUUAGCUGAGCAUAACGACAUUCAGGAUCGUGUCAGGAACGAAGUCAAUACAGCAUUGCAAGAGAAUGAACAGAAGUAUACUAUGAAAUUAUUGCAAAACCUACCAUAUUUGGAGAGAUGUAUAAAGGAAGCAUUGCGCUUAUAUCCCAGCGUGUUUUUCAUAUCACGAAUUCCUGCGGAAGACGUAAAAUUACAGACAUAUUUGGUACCUGCUGGAACACUCUUGUUUUUUAACAUUUACGCAGUUCACAGAGAUCCCAAUUUUUGGUCAAAUCCAGAAGUAUUUGAUCCUGAUAGAUUCUUGCCUGAGAAGAUCCGACAUCGUCAUCCUUAUUCGUAUUUACCAUUCAGUGCUGGUCCACGUAACUGCAUUGGUCAACGAUUUGCUAUAUUGGAAAUGAAAGCGAUGAUAGCUUCUCUGAUACACAAUUUCUAUUUGGAGCCCAUUGAUUAUUUAAAGAAUCUUCAGAUGCAGGUUGAUUUGGUACUUCGCCCUGCUAAACCACUUCGUGUAAAAUUUAUCCCUGUCUGUAAAACAAAUGCAAGCUUUGAAACACAAAUAUCAAUUUAAUGAAAAUCAUAAAAGGCAAAGAAAAGGUUUUAUUUGCUUACAAAAUGAUUGUCAGCGUCGUAAUAAUAACAGUUUGCUCACGUGUCAUUAUAUUGGUCACAAAAUUAAAUUAUAAAUGGAAUGUAUAUUAUAUAUACAAAAUAUAUGUAUCUAUAGUGGUCAACCGCGCGAUGACUUUGUAACAUGUACAACCAUAAGACUCAAAUUAAAAUAGCGCUUAGAAUAAUCAAUAAUUCAAAAGAUAAUUUUAACAUGAAUAAAACUUUUUGUCACAUUUUGAUUUAAUAUCUAUUAAAAUAUUUGUAAAUUUUUUAAAAAAGAUCUUUAUAAAACUAAACUUUCACAGUAUCAGAUUAAUUUGUUUUCUCUAAUGAUUAUUUUUAAAUUGUUGAAAUAAAGCGAUCCAAAUAAACAGGAAGAAAUGAUUAAUUUACACAAAUAGUAAAUGCUUACUGCAAAGUUGUUCAACUGGCGUCAGGUGUACUUCCAGGCUUCUUCCUCCAUCUCUUCACAGAUUAACAGAAUUAACUUCUUCUCAUUCGCAUCACAAUGCAAAGUUAUACUAACCAUAACACAAAUCUGUACUGAACUUAUGCGAAAAUAAAAAUAAUAUCUAAAAUAAAUA